AGCAACAAAGUUGAAUUUCUGUGUUGACAACAUUUCUGUGUUAUAAAUCAUAAUUUUUAGGUAGCAACUAGAGGUAUAUAUAUAUUUGUGUUCUGUGGGUAGCAAUAAAUUAUUAAUUUAUAACAAAAGUUAUCGUCAUAAGACAAAAUACAAGCCAACUACAAGGUAAAAGAAAAAGCUGAUUUACUUCACUGGGCUGUCAUAACCACAAUACACUUAGUAACCAGUAAACAAACGCCCAAUUUGGAAAGAAAAGCCUUAAAAAGUGCAAUUUCCCUUCAUAAUGGGUAGAAAGUGCAGUGUACAAAACUGCGGUUCAGAUUCCACGAAGCGAGAACAUGCGGGCGUCACAUAUCAUAAGGUGCCCCUGCAUACCGACAUCAGACCCAAGUGGAUUUCCCUGUGUCGCAUCCCCGAGGAAGAAAACACCUCCAAAGUGCUCUAUGUGUGCUCUAGACACUUUCUUAGGGCCGACUUUUGCAAUUUCAAAGGCAAAAAGUAUAUGCUGCGCCAAGGAGUUCUACCCAGCGUGUUUCCUUGGGACAAGUCAAAAUUGCAUGCAAUCAAAGCAGAAGUCACCAUUAAAAAGGAAGUCGAGGUAGCGCCUAAAAAAGGACAAAAAACUAAAAGUGUCCCCAAACAAAGGAAAAAGAAACUUUUAGGAAAUGCUGCAGAAGUUUCUCAACCUGCAGCUGAUGUUAAAGUAGAAAUUAAACAGGAAACUGAGGAUGCCCCUGAUGGUGGACCAUCAGCCCCCAUAAACGAAACCCUCUUAGAUACCUUAAAACAUGAAAUUAAAUCUGAAGUGGCAGAAGAGUCGGAUUCGAAACAAGAAAUAUCUGUGCCCCAAACAGAUCCGUUCGAUCAACACCAAAUGUCCCAAAACACUCCGGCAGCCACACCAAUCAGUUUCAAUAUUGGGUCUCGCAUAGAAGUACUUGACAACAAUAGUGUGUGGCAACCAGCCAAAGUUAAUGAAGUGGACUACGAGGAGAGCGAAGUCCUAAUUCAUUUUGAGAAAAGCAGCAAUAAAUAUAAGGAGUGGAUUCCAAUGGCUAGUCCAAGAUUGAGACCUGUGCAACCAAAAGUCGCUGAGAAAUUUGAGAUUGGGGAGCGAUGUAUGGCUUAUUGGUGCGAUAACAGGAAGUUUCCAGCUCAGAUUACCAAAGCAUUAGACAACGACAUGUAUGAAGUCCUUUUUGAUGAUGGUUUCAUAAAACUGCUACGUAGUGCCAGAAUUUCGAAAAUGUCGGUAACAAAACCGGCUCCUGCGUCUCCCUCUGUAGAAUAUAGACCUCUUAAUGCCUCACCCCUGUUUGACCCUGUGCAGGGCACCAAACAAGACAGGAGGGAGAAAAAGAGGAAACUCAAUGUAGCCGAAUUGUUUACCGUGACUAAGACCAACAAAAGGCCCAAAAGUGGUAAUAGCGAGAAGAAGAGGAAAACCAGCCCCACCGUUACAAAACCACUGGUGGAUGAAAUUUGUGACUCACCGGCAUCGCAAGAUGAAGGGCCAGUUCCGGAAAUUAUUCAGCCGAAAAUCAAAUGGCAUCCAAGUUGGCAGGAUGGCAAACCUGUGGGUAUUGAAUCUGCUAUAGAGGGAGCAGAUGGUUUAAGGACGUCCUACAUUGUGCCAGAUCCUAGACUUCCGCAGGAUUGGGCAAAGCAUUUAACUCAAAAAAUCCAUGGCAACUCUGUUGGAAAGUGGGAUACUAUCAUUAUGGCGCCUGAUGGGAAAAAAUUUCGCAAUAAAAAUGAGAUCAAGAACUACAUUGAGCUUCAUCCCAAACUGGAGGUCAGCUUAGACAUGUUUGACUUUAGUCUAUAUCGCAGCGGUUCUAGGAAGAAAAGGGUGAAAAAUAGACAAUCAAAGGUCAAAGUAACAGAUGUGGUACCGUCUACAGAUGCCCCAGUUCAAAAUAAAGAGGAGCCUCUGGCUGAGUCAACUAUAGCAGAAGAAGCGAUCGUGGAUGAAGUUAAACAAGAGCCGGUUUCAGAAGAAGAAGAAGAAGAAGAAGGGAACUCAUCGGCGUUAAAGAUCGUCUUCGAAAAUGACGCGUACAAGUGUCCGAUCGAAGGUUGCGACAAAAAUUUCCGUCGCGAAAACUUGGCUCUGAUGCACGUGAAACAUUAUCAUCCCGAAUACACGAAAUACCUGGAGUCGACCCCGAACGUGGCCGAUUUGGCUUAUGCCCGAACGGUCGGUGAAAACCUGGACCGAUCUCCUGGACCGAAAAGCGGCGAACCUAAAAAAAUCGUGACGUCCAAAACAGCCAAAUUGACAACCCAAGGGGAUGUGAUUAAUCCCGCGGACGCAACUGAAAUUCGAACGAAAGACUCUGAAAUUAUUAAACUACUUAAUUCAAAGCCAAUGGAUUCUACUAAUGACAUUCAACCUUUACCGUCUGGUUUACCUGCGAGCAUGUAUCCCGACAUAAAAUUGAAGGAUUUACUUGGGAAAAAUGAAGAACUUUCCAUGAGGGACGAUAUCAAUAUUAAAAACUUGUGUUCCUCGAGGCCCUCCUAUGGUAUCAAGACCCUGUUACCGGUGCGCCAUUCAAUUCCAAGCACGUCCAGUGUGCCUGAAGAAAAACCAGCGUCAAAAAGAAAAAGGAAUUCUUUGGAUAAUUCUGAUCCGUUGAAAGGAAAACACCCGCGUACCACUCAACAACAACCACAACCACCUUCACUUAUCAAUCCUUACGUCCCACCCCCACCUCAGUCCCCACCUCACACCACCGACCAACCACCCCCACCACCCCCGUUAGACACCGACACAACAUCGAACACGAGCACCUUGGCGGACUCUUCUUCCGCCCCUCCGGAAAUUCCUUCCGCCUUCGAUUUGGCACCGCCCCCGCCUGGGAUGGCGGAAUCGACCGUUUGUCCGCCGACCGUCACCCAGUUCGACGGCGUGAUAAUCGAAGGCGGCCAAAUUAUUAAAAUAGAGAGGAUGAAACAGGAGGAGAUCAUCAAUUGCACCUGCGGCUACAGCGAGGAGGACGGACUGAUGAUCCAGUGCGAGUUGUGUCUCUGUUGGCAGCACGCCUACUGCAACAACAUACAGACGGAGAGCGAGGUGCCGGACAAGUACGUCUGCUACAUUUGCCAGAAUCCGUCCAAGGAGAGGCGGGGCACGCGCUAUCUGCACGAUCAGGAUUGGUUGAAACAAGGAGUUUUACCGGUAGCGUCCUACCAUAGCAAAGACUCGUUAUCGCUAGAGAAGCGUUUCGAUAAAUUGAAAAAAUGUCACGAUAUAUCCGGUGGCCUGUUAGAACUGAAGGAGUACAUGCAUACUUUGGCUGUCAAAUUAAAAGUUGCAAAGGCCAAGAACCAUCCAAAACUGUACCUCUGGUCAAAACCGUGGGCUAAACCGAAACUCCCCGAAAAAUCCGAUUCCACCGACCCGAGUGACAUAAAACCGAAACUGGAAAAUCCCGAUCACGAGUACCUUAAAAACAGUUUGGAUGUCGAUAAGAGAGACUCGGCGAGCGAUCCGAUGCUAAUGAUGAUCUUGAAAUCUGGAAAAGAAGACGGUCCGAUGUUGAAUAAUAGUAACGCGCCCAUAAUCCCUAAACCGGAGGCUCCGAUAGAUUCCGAUGAUUGCAAGUUGAAUCUUUUGGACCAUAUAGCUCACGCGGAGAGUCUGGUGGAGGAGAGAUUGGACGAGUUCGAGAGGAGAAUGGAUCAAUUGGAGGAGGGAGUCAACUUGGAGUCGGAUGCCGACUAUCCAAGGACGAGGCAGACGCUUCAGAUGCUCAUCAGGGAUUUAAAUACUGUGAGGAAGUUUAGCGAGUUGCCUAUGAUUUAAAAAAAAAGAUUUUAUCUCGAUUAGUUUAGAAGUUAUGUGUUUUGUUUUUGUUACUGCUUAUCAAUUUUGUAAUAUAGUAAGUAGAUUAUUA